AUGGAUAUUUUGGCUGGAAUGAAACUUGAAAAACUUGAUAAGUCGUUGGUCGACGCAAAUGAAGCUCUUGCCGGAAAAAUCGUUGGAAUCUACUUUUCGGCUCAUUGGUGUGGACCAUGCCGCAACUUCACACCGGUUCUCAAGGAUUUCUAUGAAGAGGUUCAAGAUGAUUUCGAGAUCGUCUUCGCCUCUUCCGAUCAAAGCGAGAGUGACCUGAAAAAUUAUAUGGAGGAGUGCCACGGAAACUGGUAUUAUAUUCCAUUUGGAAAUGACGCCGAAGAGAAGCUUUCCACCAAGUACGAUGUUAGCACUAUUCCAACUCUUAUAUUCCUCAAGCCAGACGGUACUGAAGUAACAAGAUAUGGACGGAAAGAUGUUGAAGUUGGAAGGAAGAAUCCAAAGGAGAUCGUCGCCAAAUGCUUAAAGUAA